CUCAAUGUUUAAAAAUGUGUUUCAUCGAUUUUAGAAGUAGAUAAUUAAUGUGUUGCUUGUUAAAGCAAAGACGGCAAAUGUGUAUUUGAAAUUGAUUACAGAUAUUUAUAGCAGUACUUAAUACCGUUUGAUAUCGUUUAUUUACAAAAAUGAAACCCCACGAAUAUUGCGAUUAUGCUAUUAAAAGUUUUAAUGAAAUUACCGCAAAACCCACAAAUUAUUUAAGUUCUGAUGAAGGCUUAAUGAAUCAAUUAACAGAAGAUUUAAAAGCAUUAUAUGACUUUUCAGACACUCAUGCCAAGUAUAUUAAAUCCAAUGCUUUACCUAGAAUAAUAGUGAAAAAUUUGGAUCUUGAGCAAAUUUGGCAACAACUAGAGUUAAAAAAUGCAAAAUUGCUCACAAAAUCAGUUAUUGAUGUUCCCAUGUUAGUGGCUUCUAAAAAUCAAUUAUCAUUCAAAGACAUACAACAACAACAUUGUGAAUAUGAAGCAGAAAGCAGUAAUGAAGAUAGUAUUGAAGAAAAUAUUGGCGACAGUGAAUCUGUAACUGAAGAGAGUAGCAGGGACGAAUUUACCAGCGAAGAAUUUAACAAUGAUGAUGUUAAUGUGUAUAUUCCACAGGACCACAUAAAGAAAGGUUCUAUUGUGGAUGAUGAGUUUUUCAAGCUCAGUGAGAUGGAAAAUUUUUUAAACAUUGAAGAAAAUAAAAUAUCUGUGCAAAAUGAAAAUGAUUCCGAGUCUGAUGAAGAUGAGGAUAGUGUUGAUAUGUUUAAGCAACAAAAUGCUGAUAGUGAAGAUGAAGUCAAUGCCAAAACUGCCAAAUUUAAAGAUUAUUUUGUACAAAAAGAUGAAAAAAAUACAAAAAAAAGGAAAAUCCUUUUGACUGAAAGUGAAGAAGAAGGUGAUAGUAAUAAAAAUGUAAAAUCGAAUUUGGAGCUUAGACAAGAAAGAUUGAACCAAAAAAUUGAAGAAAUUGAAGAACAAAAAGUUAGUGAAAAGCCAUGGCAGUUAAAAGGUGAAAUAACAGCAGAUAGUAGGCCGCAAAAUUCCUUGCUUGAGGAAUUUGUGGAGUUUGACAUGACUUCAAAACCAGCACCUGUUAUCACUGAACAAACUUCGCUGCAACUAGAAGAUAUAAUUCGAAAAAGAAUAAAAGACAAAGUCUUUGAUAGUGUAGAAAGAAAAAUUAAACCUAUUGAAACACCUUUGGAAUUCAAAAAGAAACUCGUGUUGGAUCAAGAAAAAAGCAAACAAUCUCUGGCGCAAAUUUAUGAAAAGGAGUAUUUAGAGCAACAAGUUGCCCUAGAUCCUCAUCAAUCAGAGAAGGAAGAGGAACCUGAAUUGCACAAGGAAGUAAAACAAUUAAUGAAGAUCUUGUUUGGUAAACUUGAUGCUUUAUCAAAUUUUUAUUUCACUUCCAAACCCGCUGUACCUGAACUUCAUGUUGUUAGUAAUUUGCCAGCAAUUACUAUGGAAGAAGUAGCACCAGUGACUAUGAGUAAUGCUGCUUUAUUAGCACCAGAAGAAAUUAGAAAAAAAUCACAAGGGGAGUCUCUUGGAAAGAGUGAAAGAACUACUACUGAUAAAAACAGGGAGCGAAGGAAAAAGAAAUUAAAGCAAAAGAAACAUGUAAAAGCAAAAACUGACAAGGAAAAAUCAAAAAAGCUCACUGGAAUUCCAAAAAAGUAUGGCAUUAAAGGAAAAUAAAAAUAAUUAUCUGUAUACAUAUUUAUUAAAUAAACUUUCUAAUAUAAUAAGGAAUAAUUAUUUUUCAGUACA